GACUAGCACACGGCGCGCGAGAGACUUCCCUUCCCCCCUACCCCAAAAUGCUCCAGAGUGCAUUGCGACUUCUCUUUUGUUGCAUGAUAUCCAAGAUGGCGUCCGCCAAGAUUGAAAAGAGUUUGUACGGGCAGACAAAAGCCGGCAAAGACGUCUACAAGUACACAUUUACGAACAUGAAUGGAGUACAAGUAGAAGUGAUAUCCUUUGGAGCGAUCAUAAUUGCUGUCAAGACUCCUGAUAGAAAUGGCACCUUUGAAGACAUCACGCUGGGAUAUGAUGACAUCAAAGGCUUUGAAGACAAUCCACCAUACUUUGGUAGUACAAUUGGGCGUGUCGCCAAUAGAAUUGCAAAUGCUGAGUUUACACUUGAUGGUAAAACGUACCAUCUUGCUAAGAAUAAUGGUCCAAACUGUCUUCAUGGCGGCCUCAUAGGCUUCAACAAGGUUUUGUGGCAGAGCAGUAUAGAAGAAGAUCAUGUUAAGAUGAGUUACACAAGCCAUGAUGGAGAAGAGGGUUUCCCUGGAAAAGUCAAAGUCACUGUUACGUACAGUCUAACAGAAGAUAAUGAAAUCAGAAUCAACUACAGUGCGACGACAAGUAAAGCUACACCUAUCAAUCUCACCAACCACUCCUACUUCAACUUAGCGGGACAGGUUGCUAAGGACGUCCUAAGUCAUGUGAUGUGGAUUGAUGCCGACAAGUAUCUACCAACUAAUAAAGUGCAGAUACCCACAGGGGAGUUUCGACCAGUAACAGGAGAACCAGAAGGUGCAUUUGACUUCACUAAACCCAAAGCAAUAGGAAAAGACAUUGACAAAACUCCCCCAGGAUAUGAUCACUGUUUCUGUCUCAAUCAAGGAGAAGGCAUGAAAGCAAGGGUUGUCCAUCCUGAAAGUGGCAGAGUACUGCAAAUAUUCACCAAUCAGCCAGGAAUGCAGCUGUACACAGGGAACUUCCUUGAGGGGAACACAGGAAAAGGAGGGCUUCAUUACCACAACCAUGAUGGCUUGGCUCUUGAAGCUCAGGACUACCCAAAUGCUAUCAACGAGCCAUCUUUUCCUAACACGGUACUCCGCCCUGGAAUGGAAUACAAGCGUCACAUCAUCUUCCAGUUUUUGGUGGAGAAAUAAGGGUAGGAACCCAGAUCAGUCCAUGUGGGAAGGUGAUAGGCAGGCAGAGAGGGAGGGAUAGGGAGGCGAUAGGAGUCAGGGGGGAUGAUAGUAUGUCAGGGGGGAAUGGGAGGUGACUGGGAGC